GUCGACAGGCGGGCUCACUAUCCACGCAAACCCAGCGGGCGAGUCUCCAAAACCCACGUCGACCCUCACUCCAGUGCGCCGAGCUUCUUUGGCGAGCUUCUCCACGAAACUACUUCAAACUAUGCACAGUCACUUCCCCUCGACCUCGCCGAGUUCGAGGCGGCGGAUGCGUCGUCCGAUAUUCCGCAUGCCGAAACGGAUGAUGAUUCAGACAUUGACGGCAAUGAGGCUGACGAUGCCGAUGACGAGUACGCCACUCAGGACGCGGCAUCUGUUGCUGAUACUUGCUCCAUGACCACGUCGCAGUACGAAGCAAUGAUUCUCGACAAGUUAGAGCGGGAGUGGAUUCUCAAUCUGAGCAUGCACUUUAGAGACCGUUCAAAACGAGAAAAGUUCUUUGUGACAUAUCGUGAGGAAGAACAUAUUUGGCGCCGCGUCACCGUCUCUUUGGAUUAUCGUGAUGCGCCAGAGAAUUCUCUAGAGUGGGAUCUCAGCCGCACCAAAUAUCAGAGGGAUAAGAGCACCAAGAUAUACGAGGCUAUCCGCGACAGUCUACAGGAUAUCCAAUUUUACGACACAGUGACAAACCUAAAGCUCGAAACUACCGACGGAAGACUACAUGUUCACGUAGUCGAAGACGGUAAUGAAAUCAUUCACUACCCCACCGUUAGCCAGAUUCGGCACCUAGGGUGUAAAAGAGUCAAAGAGCGAGACAUUGUUUUUGACUCCCACAUGUCUGGCUUUGUUUACAAAGUCAGCGUGAUGGGCAAAAUGCUGAUCAAGAAGGAGAUUCCCAGCCCCGAUACCGUCGAAGAAUUCCUCUACGAGGUCAAUGCUUUGAGCGGCCUGCGCUUCUCAAAGCACGUUAUUGACUUUUACGGAGUGGUAGUCGACGAUGAUGAUGAGCAGGUCAAGGGCCUUCUCAUCAGCUUUGCUGGCCAGGGCGCCUUGAUCGACAUCAUCUUUGAGAAUUGCAAGGAAAACCACAUUGGUCUCCCUUGGAAUACAAGGGAGAAGUGGGCAAGACAAAUCGUCCAGGGACUGGCUGAUGUCCACGAAUCCGGAUUUGUCCAAGGAGAUUUCACCUUGUCUAAUAUCGUCAUCGACGACGCUGGCGAUGCCAAAAUCAUCGACAUCAAUCGGCGAGGCUGUCCCGUGGGGUGGGAGCCUCCGGAGGCGACGGCCCUCAUCGAGUCUAACCAGAGACUAUCCAUGUAUAUCGGGGUCAAGUCGGAUCUAUAUCAGCUCGGCAUGGUGCUCUGGGGGCUUGCAAUGCUUGAGGAUGAGCCCGAGACUCAGGGUCGGCCGCUCAUCCUGGGACCAGAGAUUAACGUACCAGAUUGGUAUCGACAAAUGACGGAAAUUUGCCUCAGCGAUGACCCGCGAAUGAGGCUGCAGGCCUCGUCACUGCUGCGAAUGUUUCCGCGAGCUGUCCCGGACGAUGAGCACAGUGACGCACUGCGCUCGGAUCACGAUCCUGUGCGCGUGGAUACUGGCGCCGUCAACAACGAGUACCUUUCCGAUGGCUACGACGUCGAGUCCCACUCCGCAAUGAGGACGGUAGACCUUGACGAGGAACUGGUCUAUCCAAGCUCGACAUAUCUGCAUAGCGGGCCUCUUCCUUAUGAUCAGUACUAUACGAGCCGGGGCAGGUCGCCGCCGAGCCCACUACCUAGCGAUAUGGGCGGC